AUGGUGCUCGAUAUCAACUAUUUCAGAGAUUCAAAGCUUCUGCAGCUCCUGAGGGAGUCGGAGACACGGCGCUGUGAGACCAACAGCGUGGUAGACGCUGUGAUUGAGGCUGACGAGGAAUGGAAAAAGGCCAUGUACGCCUAUGAACAGCUCAAAAAGGGCAUCAACGAAGCCUCAAAGAACAUAUCAGAGUACACAAAGAAGAACAAGGGAGCGGAUCUCUCAUCAGAUCCCACCUUUAAAGAGUUGAGAGAGAAAGCUGAAGAGAAGAAAAAGGGUCUGCCGGACCUCCAAAAGAGAAUAGACGACUCCACCGACAAGAGGAAUGAACUGCUCAAACUAGUUGGAAAUAUCGUAGACAAGGAUACUGUCCAAUCAAAGGAUGAAUCACUUAAUCGGGUAUUAAGAAAGUGGCAUGGAGAACAUGCAGAGGUACCAAAACCGCCUGCACAACGCAUUUUGCAACAUCACGAAAUUUUGACCAAAAUCAACGGCCUAGAGUGUAACAAGGGCGUGGAGAUUGCCGGUCACAGAGGCUUCUUUCUCAAGGGUGCAGGGUGUCUCCUAAAUCUUGCCCUUAUCCAGUACGGUAUGCAAUUCUUGGUAAGGAAGGGGUACUUGCCAGUUCAUCCACCAUAUUUUAUGAAAAAGGAGGUUCUUGGUGAAUGUGCAGAACUUUUGGACUUUGAGGAAACCUUGUAUGCCGUGGGAGGUCAAGAGAAGCAUGAUGCUCACACACACCAAACUGAUUCCAAAGAUCGUUUAUUCCUAAUUGCAACAUCGGAACAACCAUUGGCCGCCUUGCAUCGCAAUGAAGUAUACCAGGCAAAGCAAUUGCCCAUCAAAUACGCGGGAGUAUCAUCCUGCUUCAGAAAGGAGGCAGGAGCCCAUGGCAAGGACCUCAAGGGUAUCUUCCGCAUUCAUCAAUUCCAAAAGGUGGAACAAUUUAUAGUUACAACCGCUGAAAACAGCGUAGCUAUCCAUGAAGAAAUGAUGAGACAUUCUGAAGAAUUCUAUCAGUCUCUCGGAAUACCAUACAGAGUUGUAAGUAUCGUCGCUGGAGCCUUGAACAAGGCAGCCGCUAAAAAGUAUGACCUGGAGGCCUGGUUCCCAGGAUAUGGAGAUUAUAGGGAACUAGUUUCGUGUUCAAAUUGCACAGACUACCAAGCGAGGGCACUCAAUGCAAGGUAUUUCACCGGAGACACAGCAAACAAGACGUUCUUGCACAUGUUGAAUGGAACACUUGUAGCAUCUCAGAGGUGCCUAUGCUGCGUUUUGGAAAAUUAUCAAACGGACCACGGCGUAGUCGUUCCAAAGGUGCUUGUUCCAUUCAUGGACGGAGUAGACUUUAUCCCCUACUCUGCAUAA